UCACAUAUACACGCUAACACACACACACAACUUAUUAAGGGUGUAGUGCGUCUGUAAUGUCAUAGUAAUGUGUAUUUUGCUGUUCCGACUUACUCAAAGUGACUGAUUUGUUUGAAACGGUGUAAAAUAGUUGUAUGUUUGUAAACAGAUUAUAAUAAAAAAAUAGAUUCGGUGCGUGUUAUAUACCUGUCGUUUGACGUUAGGGAUCAGAGCCUUGACGAACAAUCUCAUCGCAUUGCUGUGUAUUAAGCUAAACUAGUGAGAAACAAAAAUACCAAAAAUCAGAAAAAUAAAAUGGAUGAUUAUAACGGGACUGUGAUCAAAAUUGAAGAAGACGAGGACGUAAAAGAGUAUAUUAACGAAGCCUUAGUGACAAAACCAGAGCUGAAUGACAUUGGAGAAACACUCAAUUGUUCACCGACAAUCCAUGAUUCUCAAAAAACAAUUGACGGGUUUUCUGAAUCGAAAAUUAAAAUUGAAGACCAAACGGAUGAUAACUACGGGACAGUGUACAAAAUUGAUAAUGACGAGGAGUUAACUGAAACCUUUAUAGACAUUGACCAAUCAUAUAACAGUUGUGUGACAGCACAGAACGAUCUUCAAAAAAUAUCUGACGGGGAUAUAUACAAUAACAGAGAUGUGUGCAAUACAACUGUGGUUAAAGUCGAAGUCGAUAUAAUAGAUGGACAUUAUUACGAAUCCCUGAUUGAAAUUGAAGAUAAUGGGAUUUUAGAUUUGCAAUCGACCGACUACAAUUUGGGAAAAAUACAGCAAUUUUUCUGUGAUAUAUGUAAUAUGUGUUUUACCUCCAAAUGGAAUGUGGACCAACACAUAACUCGAUCACAUAGUGCACACUCAUCGACCCAGGAAAGCACUAGAAAAGAAAUCAUGAAAAAAAAUCUCAUGGUCGUCGAUAGUACGAGUUGUGGAAGAAAUAAAAAAAUUGAUGGUUGUCACGUCGAGUCAUGGAUUGAAAAAGGAAUCAAUAAUCAAUUAGACCCAAAGGUGGGCAAUGAAGAAAUAAGAGAACAAGGAUUAUUCAAAUGCGAUAUUUGUCAAACGUCGUACCACACUAAAGAGCAAAUAACAUUACAUAUAGUAAAAUCCCACAACAGUUCAAAUAACCAAUAUUCUCCUCAAAAAAUCACAGUCCAUCGCAAUAACUAUACUUAUGGAUUCACCAAAAACAUCAGCCAACCCUGCAAAAGUGAUGAAACGCCUUACAGGUGUACUGUAUGUUAUAAGUCAUAUUCUAUAAAAUCAGAUCUCACAAUACAUGAGCUCGUGCACGCUGGAGACAAGCCAUACAAAUGCGCUUUAUGUUCGUUGUCAUUUUAUCAAAACUUCCGUCUAAAACAACACGAACGAGUGCACUCGGGAGUUAAAUCAUACAAAUGUACUGUUUGUUUAAAGUCAUGUUAUUCAAAUGCAGACCUCAUAAAACAUAAUCGCGUGCACACUGGAGAGAAGCCCUUCCAGUGUUUGACAUGUUUAAAAUCGUUUACUGAAAAAUACACACUUACACAACACCACAAACAAAUCCACUCGGGUGAAAGACCAUACCAAUGUGCUGUUUGCCUAAAGUCAUUUUAUUCAAAAUCACACCUCAAAAAUCAUAAACGAAUGCACACCAAAGAAAAGCCCUAUAAAUGUACGGCUUGCUCAAAAGCAUUUUCUGAAAAAUCCAAUCUCAAAGUACACGAGCGCGUGCACUCGGGAGAAAAACCGUACGAGUGCGCUAUUUGUUCCAAGUCAUUUUAUUCAAAUUUUAACCUCACAUAGCAUAAACGCGUGCACACUGGAGAAAGGCCCUUCAGUUGUGCGGUUUGCUUAAAGCGGUUUGGCCAAAAAUCCACUCUCUCGGAUCACGUGAAGAGCGUGCACACUGGAGAUAAGCCCUACAAAUGCAAAGUGUGCCUAAAGUCGUUCUGUCGAAAAACCCGCCUCGCAAAACACAAACUCGUGCACGCCAGAGGCAUAUAAUUGUGCUGUUUGCCCAAAGUCGUUUUCACCAAAACGCAGUCUCGCAAUACACGAACUAGUACAUAAUGGUAAAAAGCCCUACAAAUGACUGAUGUGUUUAAAAUCAUUUUUAUCCAAAGGCUAUAUUAUAUCAAUGGCCUUGUGGGCAUAUCUUUAUGUACUUGUACAUAUGGUAAUACCUACCUUCCUUUACUUUGUUUCGUUGUGCAAUAGCACAACAUGAUCAAAUAUUAUCGGUUAUUAUGUUUCAUUCAGUGCGCCGUUGACCGUUUUACGAACAUUUCGGCUUGCUAUACGAGUCGCUUAUCUAUUAUAUUAUAUUUCUUUUAUUAUUGAUAUACUGCUGUUCUAGUAGGGCGUGUUGCUUGAUUUUUGUAGAAAUUUGUAUUUUAAAUAAUUUCUCAUUUUGCCCAACUCCUGCGUAGAGACGAUAUGCCUCUGAAAAACAACUUGGCAGCAGUACUAUUUUAAUUAUUUAUUUUUUUUAAAUAUACGAUUCAUAGGUUUGAGUUCAUUGUAGGUCCGCGUUGGUGUAUUUUGUUUUGGGAUACUCGUAGUUUAUAUAAGUUAGAGUGUUUUGCAGAGCCCCAGAUUUGUAUGCUAUAGGUGCAUAGAGUUUUGAGUAAGAGUUUGUAUGUAGUUGAUAGCUUUGAUGCAUAGUUUAGGAAACGUUUAAUAAUUUUCAAGCGAGGGCUCAGUUUUAGUUUGGCGGAGUGUUUGUGAUGAGCCCAAGUAGUUUUUUAGUCAAAGUGAACUCUCAGGUAUUUGAUAGUUUCGGCUGACGGUUUUAUUACGCUGUUGAGUGUUACACGUGGGCAGAUACCUUGCCUGAGGAUGGCAGCUGUACUAGAAAUGGAAAAGGAAUGUUUACUUCUGAUAUCAUGUCACGCCUUAAAAAUGCAAUCUUGUCGAGCCAAAAAAACGUUAAAAAUGGACAAUUAUCCACUGAAGUAGCUGUGUUAAAAAAUGAAAAUAAUAGAUUAAAAGUUCCAAGAAAAACUAGGCAUUUUCUUUUACCAAACGAGGAAAACGAUAAAGAAGUCAACUGUGCGGUAUGACGAGGAUGAACUCUAGUAAUUUUAUGCAUAAUUGUACUGUAUAUAAUAUUUGUAAUUUUUAAAGUUUUGUUUAAUAAACUAUAAGUAAUAGUAUUGUAAAACAAUUAAG